AUGUCGGGUUUGGAUUGUCGUACCUAUCUGGAGGAUUAUAGGGACUCGGGUAGUCAAAAGUUCAAGAAGAAGCACUUCAAGAAUCUUAACAGGGUAAGAUUGAAGGACGUCAAGUACAAGCUAAAGAAGAUGGUUUCAGAGCGUCGUCAUGCGAUGGUACCCUACUUUUUAGUGAGUAUCAUUGUCGGGGAGACCAAGAACUCGGGUAAGAAUGCAACGCUUGUAGAUAGCCUAAGUCUAAGAUCGGUUAACGAUUUGGAGUUUUGUGCUACUUUUCCUUGGGGGAGGUAUUCGUUUGAGCACAUGCUCAAGUUGAUCGCGCACACUAUGCGCCAUAUUGAUGGGGUGGUGGAGAGAGAAGUAUCAAUAUGGCCGGUUCAAGGAUUUUGUAUCCCGAUUGAAGUUAGUGCUGUUUAUUAA